GGGUUGCAUCAACAAAUUUUGACGGACACGUAACCGUUAAAGAUGGCGCUAACGAACGUUAGACAAAAAAAGUGUUGAUUCACCAUCUAUGACAGCUUACGUUCGUUAAAAAGUUACGCUUACGUUAACCAGUGCUUGAACCAUUGGUAAUCGUCAAAUAUUGGUUUGUAACUUCGUAGUUCGUACUUCCUACACGCGGCAUUAAUUUUAAAAAGUUAUUUCAUAAUGGAAUCAAUUUUAUUUAAUACUUUUCAUGGUAGUUUUUUCGAAGAGGAAAAUGAAGCUCAAGUGCUUGUGAGAAAAAGAAAGGUUUUUAAAAAGCGAAUUUAUAAUUUUAACUUAUUUGAUGAAAAUGAAUUUAUUGAUAGAUUCCGGGUUUCAAAGGAGGUAGCUAUUUAUAUUACAGAUUCAAUUAAAAAUGAAAUAACAAGUAAUACGGACAAAAAUCUCGCAGUAAAACCGAUUGAUCAGGUCCUGGUUACCUUACAAUAUUACGCCUCAGGAUCCUUCAUGAGAUGUGUGGGUGAUAUGUCUGGACUCCACAAAUCUACAGUGUGUAGAAUAAUACGGCGAGUAACACUUGCAAUCUCAAAAUUACGCCCUCAAUUUAUAUAUAUGCCAAGGACUGACCAAGAAAAGGAAGAAAUGGCUACAAAAUUUUAUAAUGUAGCCAGGUUCCCUAAAGUGUUAGGGGCCAUUGAUUGUAGCCACAUAAAUAUUUUAUCUCCAGGUGGUGACAAUGCUGAAGACUUCAGAAACAGGAAAGGUUUAUUUUCAUUUAAUGUUCAGGUUAUUGGAGAUGCAGACUUAUAUAUAAGGAACAUAGUUGCAAGAUGGCCAGGAUCUGCACAUGAUAGUCAUAUAUUUAAUAGUUCCAAUAUUAAAUAUAGGAUUGAGUCUGGGGAAUUUGAUGGGCUGUGGCUUCUUGGAGAUUCAGGUUAUGCCCUAAAAUCAUACCUGCUUACACCUCUGGCAGACCCCCAAACAGAAGCUGAAAAGUUGUAUAAUGAGAGCCACAUACGAACCAGAAAUAGUAUUGAAAGGCUAUUUGGAGUUUGGAAGCGAAGGUUCCCCAUAGUUGGGUCCAAAAUAAGAUGUAAGAUAGAUAACAUCCAGCCAAUUAUUGUUGCAACUGCUGUGUUACACAAUAUUUGUAGGGCACAUAAUGUUAAACAGCCUACAGAUUUUGUAAAUUUGGACCAGGAGGUAACUUCAUUGCCAACACAACCAGAAAACUCUGUUUCCUCUGAAUUUAAUAUUAGAGAUGGUUUGAUUAAUAAUUAUUUUGCAAGGUAUAUUACGGCUAUUUUUGACUUCAAAAAUAUAAAUUGCAAAUUUAAUAUUAAAGAUGUCUUAUAUUUCAGAUUAUAACUUUUUUAUGGCAUGGGUGUGAAAUAUGGUGAAGGACUAACACAUUCUAUACUGUUUAUAGUGCUUAUUGCAUGCUUUUGGUAAAGAAAUAAAAUAUUAGUCAAAAAUAAUAUGCCUUUACUAACUGAAUUACAGCCUACAGAUUUUAUUAAUUUAGACCAAAAGUUAACUUGAUUGACAUCAAACAGAAAACUAGUUUUCUCUAAAUUUAAUUUUAUUCUAAUAUAAGAGAUACAUAGUUUAAUUAUUAUUAUUUUGCAAGGUAUGUUAAUAUUAAGAUUAUUUUUAACUUCAAAGAAAACAAAUCUCAAAUCAUAUUUUUAAAGCUGUCUUAUUUUCAGAUUAUAACUAUUUUAUGGUAUGGAUGUGAAAUAUGGUGAAGGAUUAACAUAUUAUAUACAUACUGUAUAAUAUAUUGCUAUUGCAUGCUUUUGGUGGAGAAAUAAAAUGUUUGACAAAAAUAA